AUGCGCGGUCCCGCCGGAGGGGGUGAUUUCCCAACUCUAGGAAUUUGUUGCGAAGGGGGAAAUAAUUGCUACUAUUUCGCUCCCGAUGCUUGCACCAUGUCGAGACGCAAGCAGGCGAAGCCCCAGCACAUCAACUCGGAGGAGCAGCUCCCGGACGCGCCCGUCUCCGCGGCUGCGGAACUCGGUGGUCCUCCAAACUGUCCUGGGGAUGGGGGCGAAGUGAGAGCAAAAAGAUGCCGGACGGAAGAAACCAGUAUCUGUGAGAAAUGCUGCGCGGAGUUCUUCAACCUCUCAGAGUUCCUGGAACACAAGAAAAAUUGCACUAAAACUCCCCCCGUGCUGAUCAUGAAUGACACCGAGGGAGCGAUCCUCCCGGAAGCUGCACCUUCAGAGAGUUUCCCCCUGGAGCAGCUGGACGGGCAAAGCAAUAAGGACAGUCAAGCGAAGGGUUGCACUGGUUCUGUGGAAAAAAAGGAGAAGACUGGCGUGGAGGCGGGGGUGUAUUUAAAAGCCGAGCCGGCCGCCACCACGGCGGCCCACGGGAUAAGCUAUUUACCGAAAGGCAAAGUACCCAACACUAACGUGACUCUGCAGACGCUGAGGGGCACCAAGGUGGCUGUGAAUCAGCGCAGCUCGGAUGCCGUGGCCUCGUCGGCCCCGGGCCUUGGCGCUAUCCCGAUGAUCCUCGAACAGCUCGUGUGUCUGCAGCAGCAGCAGCUUCAGCAGAUCCAACUCACGGAGCAGAUCCGGAUCCAGAUCGCCAUGAUGGCCCCUCACGCCCUCCACCCCACCAUCGCCACUGCUGCUGACCCACUGAAAACUUUGGGUGCUCAUAUGUCCCAGCAGCUUUCGGCUGCUGUGGCCUUGAUUGGCCAGAAAGCCGGAAGCCAAAGUCUGUCGCUGGAAUCCUUGAAACAAGGCAAGCUACCUCACGCGACCCUAGGAAUCCCGGCUACCGGUUCGGUUGCCCCUGGGCUGUCGUCUUUUUCCUUAAAGCCGGACGGCAACAGAGGCCUAGCCAAUCCGAUCUCUCGCCUUCCAAACCCUUUACUACCUCAGUCGUCUGGAUCGGUCCUCUUCCAGAACCCGUUCUCUCCCGUCUCUUCCGUGCUCGACCCCUCCAAGAAAGGCAAAGGCAAGCCCCCCAACAUUAGCGUGUCAGAAUGCAAGCCCAGCUCCGAGGAGCCCUUCUUCAAGCACAAGUGCAAGUUUUGCGGCAAAGUCUUCGGCAACGACAGCGCUCUGCAGAUCCACCUCCGCUCCCACACCGGGGAGAGGCCCUACAAGUGCAACAUCUGUGGCAACCGCUUUACCACCAAGGGGAAUCUGAAGGUUCACUUUCAGCGCCACCGGGACAAGUACCCCCAGAUCAAGAUGAAUCCGUAUCCGGUCCCGGAGCAUCUGGAUAACAUGCCGACCAGCAGUGGCAUCCCUUUUGGGAUGUCCGUGCCCCUGGAUGAGUCCAACCUGAUUGUGGAUAGCAAGCCGGUCUUGACCCCGGUGCCAACCUCCGUCGGCUUGCCACCGAACCUCUCCACCCUGCCUGGCCUCAAGGACCCCCUGGGCGGAGCCUUACCCAACGACUCGCAACCCCGACCCUCCCCGGAGAGCGAAGGGGGCUCCUCGUCGUCUGGGGCGGAGCAGAGUGCCAACUCCCCGCAGGCCGUCGGCCACGCGGGCAGCUUCCAGGGGAGUGGAGGCAGCGACCAGGGGUCUGAGACCCUGAAGCUCCAGCAGCUGGUGGAGAACAUCGACAAGUCCACCACUGACCCCAACGAGUGCUUGAUCUGUCACCGGGUGCUGAGUUGUCAGAGCUCCCUGAAGAUGCAUUACCGCACUCACACGGGCGAGAGGCCUUUCAAGUGCAAGAUCUGUGGCCGGGCCUUCUCCACCAAGGGCAAUCUUAAGACUCACUAUGGCGUCCACCGGGCCAACACCCCCUUAAAGAUGCAGCAUUCCUGCCCCAUCUGCCAGAAGAAGUUCACCAAUGCGGUGAUAUUGCAGCAGCAUAUCCGCAUGCACAUGGGGGGGCAGAUCCCCAAUACGCCCGUGCCUGAGAGCGCCUGUGAUCAGGCUGACCUGGAACCCACAGCGGCCGAUGAGAAGAACGGGAAUACCAGCUUUCCCGAUGAAACCAUAGAAAGCAUAGAUAUGGAUGACUUCGACUCCCAAGAUGCCCCCAGCAACUCAUCCAAACCACCAACUCCUUUUCCUGAUGGGCAGUCAGAGUCUCCAGCCUUCUCCAGUAUCGCUGCACUAGACCCCCAGAUGAAAGCGGCCACCCCCUCGCUCAGCCUGCAACGCCAAAGCAGCCUCAAGUCCAGUGAAAAUGGCUCCGCAGAGAGUGAUGGCUUGACCAACGACUCCUCCUCCGUGACGGGAGAUCAAGAGUACCAGAACGGCAGGAGUCCCGAGGCCUCGGAAUCUGCUUUGUUCCAAGCGCUUUCUCCGGCCAACAGUCAAUCGGAAAGCAUUAGGUCCAAGUCGCCCGGCUUUAACAAUCAAGAUGACGCUGGAAGUAAAACUGACGGUCCUGAGAACAAUCCACCAGAAAUCGAAGGGGAUGGAGCUCUGGAUUUGACCUAUGGCACUAUUGGCCGAAAGAUAAUCAAAGAAGAACCCGGGUUGAAUUUUGCAAAUGGCGAGUUUGGACGGAGUAGUAUUCCUGCUACCUUUGUCAGAGCUCCUCCUGCACUGAUAAAGGUGGAAGUUCCUGGUGAGCGCCCUUUGGGCAGUAGCCAGUUCAUUGGACCACCUGCCCUCUCCCCUGGAGUGCCACCUCUGCUGGCACCCCCUCCACGGCGUACGGCAAAACAGCACAUCUGCACUACAUGCGGAAAGAACUUCUCUUCGGCCAGUGCGCUUCAGAUCCAUGAACGGACGCACACGGGUGAAAAACCGUUUGCAUGUACCAUUUGUGGAAGAGCCUUUACGACCAAAGGAAACUUGAAGGUCCAUGUUGGGACUCACAUGUGGAAUAACUCUGCCCGCCGUGGACGAAGAUUGUCUAUCGAUAAUACCAUGGCUCUCCUUGGAAAUGAUCCUAAGAAGGCACCUGAGAUAUUCCCAAAGGAUAUAGUUCCUCCUUCGGUGAAUCUGGAUCCUACAGUAUGGAACCAGUAUGCAGCAGUGCUGAGCAAUGGCUUAGCGAUGAAGACUAAUGAGAUCUCCGUGAUCCAGAGUGGUGGUAUCCCUACUCUUCCGGUUUCCAUCGGUGGUGGCUCCGUAAUGAAUAGUGCUUCGGUCUCCAAAAUAGAUGGGUCCCAGUCUGGAAUGAGCUCUGACAUAGAGAAAACUGGAACAACUGACAAUGUGCCAAAACACCAAUUCCCUCACUUCAUAGAAGAAAACAAAAUUGCAGUCAGCUAAAACAAACCCAAAGGUGAAAUGCAGAGCCAACAAAAUAUGUAUCUUUUUUUUUUUGUCACACUUUGCUACAAGAUUAUUUUGUUUUCCCUUAUCGAUGUGCAAAUGGUUUUAUGGUUGUCAUCUACUCUUGGACAGCUCUACAAUCAUGAUGUUGCUUUGCAAAAAAAAUAAAUAAAAUAGGAGUCCUAUUUGGAAAGAUGCGGGUCUUGCAAAGUAGCUUUGUUAUGACUUAAAAUACGUACAGCCUUAACACAAGCUAAAGAAUAGCCACUUCACCUCCUUUAAAGGUGGAGCUUUUGCAUGAAAAUUUGAGACAACCACUAAUGGUAAUGGAAAUCUAUAUGUACUGAUGAAUAUGUGGAAACUUUAUGCGGGUAAAUAUUGUAGAAUGUGUGUGCCAUCAUUUUUAAGGUUUGAACAAUGCCCCCUUCUCUCUUCUCCCUCCUCUCCUCCCUCCCUUUGAAUGUAAUUUUUACUCUGGUUGCAGAAUUACCCAAUUCCUUCAACUUCUGCCUUCGAAGCAAGUGGAUGCCUCCAGCUGGAUUUAUUCCCAGCAUCUUGAGUAAUGUUUGGCUGCUGCUUAUUUAAAUACAAUUCAGUUGGAAACCAUGAGAGUGUCUAAGCUCUUUGAAGUUUCUUACCACUUGCAUUUUUUUUUUUCCUUGAACACCCAGCCUCCACACCUUUUAAAUGGGUUUGUCCGAAAGGAAAAGAAAAACACAUGGGAAGGAUCUACCUUGGGAGGCUAGGUCCAAACAUUUCUGCAAGGUAUCUCAGGUGACCUGUUGAAACUUGGCAAUGUUUUGUUUUUGUUUUAUUUUGAAGCCCGUUUCCUUUGCACGGGGAAACGUUUCUGGGAAGUACAUGAAACUGUAAUUAAAGCGAAAAUCGCUUAUUGUGUGGUGUGGUGGUUUUUUGUUUUUUGUUUUUUUGUUGUUGUUAAUUGGUAGCAUUCCUACUUUAAUCAUUUUGUUCCUUGGUGACUUGCACCAAAGAAUAAUGAUGACCCAAAGUGUAUUGUAUGAAGGUUAUAGGAGCAGGAGGAGAUAAUCCUCUGGAGUCUAAGCUUAAGUUAUCUACCUCAUUUUUUUUUCUCUAUAGCUGUAGUGUCUAUUUUUCUAUAAAUAUGACCACUGAACUGAAAUUUAAGCAGUUGUUCCCAUGCACUAUAUUAAACUGAAUGUUGAUGUAUUAGUGGGAGCAGCUGGUCAAGGACUCUUUCAAUUUUCUUGUAUCUGCUGGUUCUGUACAUGUAAUAAGGUGUAAAGUUAAAAGAUUUAAGCAAUGUUAUUAAAGACUGAGCAGUGAUCUUGGGGGGAGGGCGGGAAUUGGAAGAAAGGGAAGUUUGAUUUCUGUUUGUAGGAAGUCUCCCUUCAGGCAAUCUCAACAGUGGAAGGCCAAAGCUGAACUGCAGAUCAAGAUUACCAAUGGUUUGUGUAAUGUUGUUGCACCUGAUUCUUGCUUAUGAUCAAUUUUUUGCCAAGUUGUGCCUUUCCUGCUGGAUCUGUAAGUAAGAACACAACAGUACCUGUUUACACUGUGAAAUGGAUAUUGUUACAGAGAACACCAAAGGCAUCACUAGUGUCAAGUUCCUGCAUUGUGAAUGUAUAAGACAAACUUUGUAGUCUGUGUACCUACUGAUGCAUUUUUGUUAUCAUUUUGAAUAAACUUGGGAUGGCUUUUUCACA